AUGGGAUACUACGAUGACGAAGGGAAUUAUCAUUCCGAUAGGAGAGCUCCUGAAAACCAACUUAUCCUAGAUGUGCCCCAGGUGCUUCCUCGCCGUACCACUUCCGAGCGAGUAAGUCACUACGAUGAUGAGCAAGCUUCUGAACCCCGAAAGCAUGAUGGAAAUAGCGAUCCACCCCUUCCGGAUAAGGGCCGUGGGAUACCCGACGGAUAUCAAGCAUCUGUCCCUAUUCCUUGUAAUUUUAUUCGAAUUGGCGACGUAUUGAUCCUCAAUGAACGGCCAUGUCAGGUUAUUCGAAUCUUAGUCAAUCCACAAACAGGCCAGUACUUAUACAUGGGUGUUGACUUAUUUACCCGAAAACUUCAUCAGGAGAGAUCCUUCGUAUCCAAUCCCUCGCCAGAUGUGAUCGUUCAGACCAUGUCAGGACCGGUCUUUCGAACAUAUCGCUUACUGGACAUGGACUCGUCUGAUGGCACAGUCGUGGCUAUGACUGAAACUGGCGAUGUCAAGCUGCACCUUCCGGUGAUGGUUCAAGAAUCGCUUUUUGACCGCAUUGAAGAGGUUUUCAAAGAGGGACGUGGUAGUAUCCGUGUCCUAGUUAUUUCCGAAAUGGGCACCGGUCGCGAAAUGGUCAUUGAUUACAAGCGUAUUGACAGAAAGAUUAGAACGGAGGCAGAUAAUCCCUCUACCACCGAGGCUGAUGAGAGUGAGGACGAAUCAGACGACAUCGAAGUUGAAGUUUACGCAUUUUUCACCGUUGGCGAACAGUCUGAAGUGCGUAUGACUGCAGGUGGCGAGGAAACUCAAAAAAAGACAUCACCCGAUUCUGUCAAGUCUUUUCCCAGCGACUCAACAGUUUAUGACGUUCAUCCGAUCGAAUUUCAAGGGGAAACCGGGGUGAACUUUCAGGUUGAGAAUGCAAAGAGUAUACCUGGCUUGCCCGAUAGUGAGCAAAGAGCACUCGACAAGCUUCUCCAGAGAGUCAAGAAAGAAUACGAUCAUGAGCCAAGCUCUAGUACAACCGAUGGAUACAUGAAACCCGGUCAUUUGACUGAGACUUUUCCGUACGGGGAAAUUGACACCGGCGUGGUGUCCUGGCUCUGCCUUCCAUACUUUCGCUUUGAUUUGCUGCACAAUGACCUGAAUGCAUUUACAGAUUCUUAUCCUAUGCGGAGAUUGCUAAAGGAUCUAUUGUUGAAACCAGAGCAGGAAAUGAAGCAAGUCAUGAGUCACAUGCAGUCCACCGAAACUGGCAAGUGUCUACAUGUUGCACAAUUGUGGGCCAUUGAGAUGAACAACUCCCUUCUUGUUACCUAUGGAGAUCUGGAAUUGUCUGAUUUCAAAGGCAUAAAACUUCAAUCUCCACCUCCAAGUCAGACUGCUCAGCCCCCCCGGAUUCGUCCUCGCAAGAUCUUUGUUUCUUUUGAGAAGAGAGUCAUGUGGUCUCUGCCUUUGGAGGACUGUAUUACAUGGCCAAUAGUUUUCACGCACGAGGGCAAACCUGUUGACUCUGUUAAAUAUGCAGACUUGAUCAACGGGGAGCUUGACAUCAAGCUGGUACUAAACAUCAGUGAGGGAUCCGAGAUCCCAUUCUCAGAGCUAAAUGGUGGAUUCACCGUAUUCGAGUGGCUCACCGAGGUGGACACAACGCUACGGGAUGAUGAUAACGGUUCAGAUCAUCGGAAGGGCGUUAGAAUAAGGAACCGUCUAGCAGCAAUGGACAAGUUCCUUCAAGAUCAGAAAUUUGACUCUCGCUCUUACCGCAGAGCAUCAUUACUGGAUUCCGAUGCGGUACGAGGGCUUUUCGGAGAAACCGAGCCCGCUACCUCUAGAGCGAUGCGCACUGCGCAGGCCGCCGAAUCGAUAUACAGUUUCUUCCUUCCUCCUGAUUUUGAAGACCCCGUUUUGAAGAAAUACUGGGGUGCGGUAUACUUUCUCAUUGAGGAAGAGACAGGCUCAAUCAAAGGCUAUAGUGACCAGCUGAUUGAUUUAUCAAUGCGGAUCCAACCGGUUAAGCUUCUAUUCUCGCGUACUGAUCUGAUCAAACGCCCAACUGACAAAUCGUCCCACCCACUGGAGAAAGCUUGGAUGCACCUUCUGAUGCCUAUGAUCUACGUUAAACAAAAGCCACGUCGGUCUCGUAAACACAUGAACACCUGCUUAGGUCUACUUGACUUGGGGAUUGCGGCAGUGAAGGAUACUUUCCCCAAGCUGCUCCCCCAGAAGUCAAAGGUGAUUUUACCCCUGGAUGUUGCGACCUUGAUCGGUUUCCACCUCCUGGGUAAGCAAUCUCCAGGUAUAGGCAUUGAAUUGAUUCUCAACAACUACACCAAGUAUUUGGGCGGAUUGGUGAGUAUCCGGCUAUAG